AGCGCCAGCGCCAGCCGGGAGCUGCGGCGCGCCGGGCGCCCCUCGCAAGCCCCGAGGGCGCGCGCGCGCAGCCCCGCCGGGAGCGGGGACACACCAGGCCGGCCGGCCGUCGGUGGUGGGGCUGCCAAGGUUAAGAAAAGUGCUGUGAGGACCAAACUGGAAGGUGGAUUAUUUCUUUGAAAAAAGAGGUGAUGGGUGCACUUCUAUAGAAAUGGUUUGCGGCUCAGUCAAGCUGGAGGUGACUAAAUGAAAUUAUGGGCUGUGCAUCAGCCAAGCAUGUUUCUGCUGUACAAAAUGAAGAGGAAGCUCAGAAGGGGAAAAACUACCAGAACGGAGAUGUAUUUGGGGAUGAGUAUAGAAUCAAACCUGUGGAAGAAGUCAAAUACAUGAAAAAUGGUGGCGAAGAUGAUCAGAAAGUAGCUGCGCGAAACCAGGAAAACUUGGAAAAAAGUGCCAGUUCACACGUAAGACUUAAGUCUAAUAAAGAACUUCCAGGAUUAGUACAUCAACCUAGGGCAAACAUGCACAUCUCUGAAAGCCAACAAGAAUUCUUCAGAAUGCUGGAUGAGAAAAUUGAAAAGGGCCGUGAUUACUGUUCAGAAGAAGAGGAUAUCACAUAGUGCUGAUUCCGCCGAUCAAAACAGGAAUGCUACAGUGUAAAUAUAUUACGGUCCAGUUAAGAUCUUUUUGGGAAGUCUUCUCCAGUGAACAGCACUACAUAACAAAAGAUCAUUUCCACAUUGUAUGCUCCAUUCAGUUACAGUAUUUCUUAAUGACCAUACAAUGAACAUUGCUAAAGGAAAGAAGAACAGCUUGUAUGGAACUGGCUUUGCUGCUGCUAAGCUGAAACUUACGGCACGUUUUCAAUUAUCUGGUGUCCAGGAACACGGCGACCCUUUGCCCUAAAACCUAAAUGGCACUGUAGAGUUCACUUUGGCGGUUCGCCUAUUUUCUGUUGGCCAAGGUAGUAUUGUAAAAAAACAAAACCUUCCAUAGCUGAGCAGUUGAAUCUUCCAGUCGUCCCUGUUGCUCAGCCUGCCAAUGGGUUCUGGAGUUCUUGUUAAUACUGACAAUAUAGAGCUUUGGAGUUGCCAUGACAGACCUCGUUUCUCUGCUACGAAGAAGUUAUCAAUUUAAAAAAGCAUGUUCUCACACAAAUACUGGAUUUGGCGAUGCAGGAGCAGAAAUCUGUUUUUUCUUUUUUUAAACAACAGUUUCUUUGACUAGGUAUUCAAUCAAGGCAUAAGCUUGCAGUACUUGCUUUGCUGAUCGCAAAUGGAAGUUCUGAUUGCAAUCAGUUUGACUCCCUCUUUUUUUCUAAGAAAUAAACAUUUUACUGUUUUUAGGUAUUCUUGUCUUCUACCCAUUCAUACAGUCCAGCAUAUUAAGAACAAUUGGAUAAAGGGAGCGGGGCAAGCACCCCUUGGAAUUAUAAUUGGGAGAGAAUGUUAUUUUAAAGCACCUGUGUGUCAGUCUGGGAUGUCUGUAGAGUUUAUUUUUCCAUAUUAUAAAAAGAUGAUACUCUCUCGUCUCAAAGGCAGAUGUAAUAUUUUUAAGAAAUAUUGUCAUGAGUAAAAAUAACCCUAAGGUUAACAAAAACACUUUGCAUUUAUUUUUUAAAACACCUUUUACAGCUCUUCUUCAGACCACUUGGUGACAGAUUCUUUGCUGUGUUUCUGAGGGGUUUAACCAUAUAUAAGCAUCCCCCUCCCUCUGCAAAAAAGAAAAAAAAAAUGCUUUUUGCAGCAGUGAGAACUGGUUUUUCUUUUUUUUUCCCCACCUUUGCCUUAUCAGGGUAUCAAUAUGAUGUCCCAUUGGUAGCACUGUACAAAUGGAAAAAGCACUUUUUAGAGCAGUCUGUGGCAUAUGUAAGAUAGUAAAGGUGAAGAUUGUGCCCAGGGUCAAGAGAAGCAUCACACACCGUCCUUUUGUGCCCAGCUAGUUAAAUUAGUCUUUACUAACUUCUGAGAAGUCCUCAGCUUUGCCAAACUUCUAUGACUCUGGCCUAAUUGGCCUCUGCUUCGUUCCACUGGCACAGCGAUUUAAGUACAGUUCUUCUAGCUGUGCAUGGCCCUGUUCCAUUAUCAGCUUUAGGAGAUGCCACAGGGCAGGUGGCUGCCAGUCAAACCUUGGCUUUGCGGUUGACCAUUCAGGGGCAUUUUGAUCCCAGGGCCAACAUUUCAGAAACUAACUAGUGCAAGCCUUACCUACACGCUACAAAUGGCAAGCUUCGAGGUGUUCUUUUGCCAAGAGUUUUGGACACCUUCCACAGGAAAUAUGUAGCAAGGAAAGACAUUCCUGUGGGAGAUACACAUUCUGUUCUAAAAUAUAUUACAGCACAGAGGUAUUUAAGGUGGAAUAGAUUCCCCCACUGUCCUCUCUUUGUAGGUUGUUCAUUCACGUUAAGCUCCUGGGUUGGAUUUCUCCAGCAGCUCCCUCUGGCUUCCGUUUUGCCUUCCCUGUGGCUGUCUUGCUUCUGCAGGUUUCAGUCGUCACCUUAGAUCCCACCCCACCUUCUUCUAGGGCCUCUCCAUGCCUCUCCAUUCCCUGCCAAGACAUCUUGUGAGAAGAACUGCGUUGCACUGCUUCACUUCUUAGUUCUUAGGAUUUCUCUUGAUUUCCCACACCCAGGCCUGUUGGCUUGGCACCCCGUUCCCUCUUCAUUUCCCCUACUUCCUGGCACUUCCUUUCCUCUGUUGUCUCGUUUCCCACAUAUUGUAAGAUGACAGAUGGAGUAAUUGAUUUGUACAGGCAGAAGUUCGUGCAGGCAUAUAAACAACAUGGGAUCUGCCCUGCACGUCUUCCUUGUAUCAGCCUCUCGGAAAAGGAGGUCUGAAACAUGGCUCGAAGAAGGGUGUUUGGCAACAUCUUCGGCCACUGAACUCUGUGCUGCUCCCCAUGGAAGAGGCCCAGCUCCUUUCGGGGGCCCAGGAUAGUCACCGAGGACUUGAUCCCGUGCUGUGAAAUGUUUUCCUGUAACAGUGAGGCAGAAUACAGAACACGUGGAAGUCACAUUCAUGUUGCAGAAAGUUCAACGCAAUAAGCCAUGACCGUGUCUUCCAGCCCUCCAUUUUUUAAACAUCAUCUCUUCCUUUGGGAGGUUUUGUACAGGGAGGGGGAUCACCCUGCAAAGCAAAAAUAACUGGGUGUGAAAUUCAUAUAUGAAAUAUUCUAUACAUUCCUGAAUAUGUGUAUAGUCACCUCGGUACAAGUUUCUCCAAAUUUAUUGGAAGUUAAACUUGUUUUUCUGGGUUUCCUGUGUCUUGUUUGAUUAGAAUCCAGCUUAUCCUGGUUUUUCUCAAGAAUUAAAGCAGAGGUUUCUGUUCUCCUA